AUGUUUCAUGAGCAGCAGGCACCGCCAUCACCGGCAGUAGCAGCGCCACCGCCAGUGCCCUCGGCGCCGAGCCCGGCCAGCAACCACCACGACGACGACGACGGUGACGGUGGCCAUGAUGUCGAGGUCACGACGUUCCGCGACAUCCACCCUCUGACGCCCGACGCGCCGACGCCGACGCCGACACCGACGCCCCCCGCGCUUACCAGGUCCUGGGACACCGCCAGCCACCGCUCCUUCUCGUCCGAGGAGCAGUUCAUGACGAUGAGCCGCGAGUUCACGGCCAUGGUCGCCGCCGGGGCGACCAUGCAGACCGGCGGAGGCGCCAACGGCGGGUACGACGGCGGCGCCGACCAGCUCACCAGCAUCGGCGAGGACGAGCUGGAGGAGACCAACCCGCUGGCCAUCGUCCCUGACAGCCACCCCAUCGCCACGCCCGCUAGGUCCGCCGCCGCCGGGCUGGAGGUCGUGCCGGCGCCGACGCCGACGCCGCAGCCGCCCGCGCACGUGGAGGCUAGCCAGGUGAAGAAGGAGGAGGUGGAGACCAAGGUGUCGGCGUGGCAGACGGCCGAGGUGGCCAAGAUCAACAACCGCUUCAAGAGGGAGGAGGUGGUCAUCAACGGAUGGGAGACCGAGCAGGUGGAGGAGGCCUCCGCAUGGCUCAAGAAGAUCGAGAGGAAGCUGGACGAGCAGCGCGCCAAGGCGGUGGAGAAGACGCAGAACGACAUCGCCAAGGCGCGGCGCAAGGCGGAGGAGAAGCGGGCGUCGGCGGAGGCCAAGCGGGGCCUCAAGCUGGCCAAGGUGCUGGAGCUCGCAAACUUCAUGAAGGCCGUCGGCAGGGUGCCCACCAAACGCUCCUUCUUCUAG